UUACCCAAUUUCAAACAUUUUUUAGUCGUUGUCAUUAUAAAACUUUCAAUUCUUAAUUAUUUUUUGAUCAUUAUUUAUUUGUCUGUGCCCACAAUCCACAACCUUUUAAUUAAUAAUUCAAAAAUCCCGCGUUUAUUUUUUUUUUGGAUUGCUCAUGCGCAGAAAAAAAAAUAGAUAUGUACAGUCAGCGUCAUCAAUGCCGUCCAAAUUUGUAUAGGGAAAUCACAUGUAUAACCUUAAAAAAAACUAGACAUCAAUAAUGACGUAGGUGUAUGUAUUAAUGCUGAGCUUCGACAUACAUUUUUAUUCGAUAUUUAUCUUUAGAAAUGUUUUUAUUUCCUCAUUAUUUAUCAAUUAAAGAAAAACCAAAACUAUAUUUAUAGUUUAAUACUGGAGACCUACAUCACUUGACACGGUUACAAUUAAGACUUGUAUACGUGUACGUACAUGCAGUAAAAUUGACUGUAAAAUAUAUAAAUAAUUAAUAUAAAUUAUUAAUUUGUAAUUGCAUAGACAUUUUCGAUACCAUGAUAGCUUCUACGAUUUGUCAAGAGGACACUAUUGAUGACAUAGAAGACUUAACAACGUUGUUUGAACAACCGAAAAAUCCAAAAAUGAAGGAAACAAAUGGACCAAAAGUUAUUAUUCGUCAAUUACAGAAUACUAAGCAUUUAAAUGAAGAAGAGGAAAAUGCAAAAGAUACUGAUACUGAGAGUUUAUCAAAUUUACCAUCAAGUAUUGUACCUGGAUGUGCUACUAUUUAUGUCAAAACAUGGGGAUGUACUCACAACAGUUCAGAUAGUGAAUAUAUGGCCGGGCAAUUAGCUAGUUAUGGAUAUAAAAUUACGGAUGAUAAAUUAAAAGCUGAUCUCUGGUUACUUAAUUCAUGUACUGUGAAGGCUCCUGCAGAAGACCAUUUCAGGAAUGAAAUCAAAGCUGGAAAGGAACUGAACAAAUAUAUUGUUCUAGCAGGAUGUGUACCACAAGCAGCGCCGAAUAGUGAAUUUAUAGAAGGCUUUAGUGUUAUUGGAGUACAACAGAUUGAUCGUGUAGUAGAAGUAGUUGAAGAAACGCUGAAAGGAAAUUCUGUAAGAUUUUUAGGUCAAAAGAAAGAAAACGGACGAAAAAUGGGGGGAGCUUCAUUAUCGCUUCCAAAAAUUCGACGAAAUCCUUUAAUUGAAAUAAUUGCUAUUAAUACUGGAUGUCUCAAUCAAUGUACAUACUGUAAAACAAAACAUGCUCGAGGGAAGUUAGGUAGUUAUUCUCUAGAAGAAAUUGUGGAUCGUGCUGAGCUAGCAUUUUAUGAAGGUGUUUGUGAAUUAUGGUUAACAUCUGAAGAUACUGGUGCUUAUGGACUUGAUAUUGGGACAAAUUUGCCAGAAUUAUUAUGGCAAAUAAUUCAAGUCAUACCAAACAAUUGUCGAAUGAGAAUAGGUAUGACAAAUCCACCUUACAUUUUAGAACAUCUCGAGGAAAUUUGUAAAAUUCUCAAUCAUCCUAAAGUGUACAGUUUUCUUCAUAUACCUGUUCAAUCAGGUAGUGAUCAAGUAUUGAUUGACAUGAAGAGAGAAUAUACUAGAGCAGAAUUUGAAAAAGUUGUUGAUUUUAUCAAAGAACGAGUACCAGGUGUUACAAUAGCAACAGACAUCAUUUGUGGUUUUCCUACGGAAACUGAACAAGAUUUUGAAGAAACUAUGGAUCUAUGUAAAAAGUACAAAUUUCCAAGUUUAUUUAUUAAUCAAUUUUUUCCAAGACCAGGAACUCCAGCAGCAAAGAUGGUUAAAAUCCCUACUCAAUUAGUCAAACAAAGAACUAAAAGAUUAUCUGAAUUUUUUCAAUCAUACGAGCCUUAUGCUCAUAAAAUCGGGGAAAUUCAAAGAGUGUUAGUGACUGAAAUAUCACAUGAUCAAAAAUAUUAUGUUGGACACAAUAAAUUUUAUGAACAAGUUCUUGUACCAAUGAAAAAAGAAUAUAUGGGUAAAAUGAUUGCUGUUAAAAUAACUGAAACGAGUAAAUAUUCUAUGAAAGGAGAACCAGUAAUUUUAAUUAUUUAUUGGUGUCGAUUUAUAGAUAAAUUGAAAAUAAUAUUAUCAAUAUUUAAUUUAAAUAAUUUGCUAACACUUAUUAUAAUAAUCUUAUUUGCGAUAUUUGUUCAAUUAUCAAUGUGA